AUGGGAAGCGGCACCUCAACCCAACACCAUUUUGCCUUCCAGAAUGCAGAGAAAGCCUUCAAGGCAGCGGCCCUGAUCCAGAGGUGGUACCGACGCUACAUGGCCCGCCUGGAGAUGAGGCGGCACUGCACCUGGAGCAUCUUCCAGUCCAUCGAGUACGCCGGGCAGCAGGACCAGGUCAAGCUCCACAAUUUCUUCAGCUACCUUGUGGAUCACGUCACCCCCAGCAGUCACAACGAGAGGGACUUCCUGACCCGCAUGCUCACUGAGCAGCGAUCCCCCCAGGACUCCGAGAUGGAGAACUGCAGUGACUAUGAGUCCAUCGAGGUACCGGACAGCUACACAGGGCCACGCCUCUCCUUCCCGCUCCUUCCUGAACAUGCAACUGCCCUGGUGGAAGCUUUCAGAUGGAAACAGAGGCUCCAUGCUCGCUAUGUCUUGAAUCUUUUGCACGAAGCCAGGAAACAUCUGGUACAACUGCCAAACAUCAACCGGGUCUCCACUUGUUACAGCGAGGAAAUCACAGUAUGUGGAGAUUUACAUGGCCAGUUGGAUGACUUAAUAUUUAUAUUUUAUAAGAACGGCCUCCCAUCACCAGAGCGGGCCUAUGUGUUCAAUGGCGACUUUGUGGACCGAGGGAAGGAUUCAGUCGAGAUCCUAAUGGUUCUCUUUGCCUUCAUGUUGGUUUACCCAAAAGAGUUCCAUCUUAACCGAGGAAACCAUGAGGACCAUAUGGUGAACUUACGAUAUGGUUUUACCAAGGAAGUGAUGCAUAAAUAUAAGAUCCACGGCAAGAAAAUACUAAAACUACUGCAAGAUGUGUUCUGCUGGCUUCCACUGGCCACUCUGGUUGAUGAGAAAGUCCUGAUUCUUCAUGGUGGAGUGUCAGACAGGACUGACUUGGAGCUCUUGGCUAAACUAGACAGGCACAAGGUUGUCUCCACCAUGAGGUACAAAACGAGAAAGGAGAAUAAGAAACAGGCGGAGGAGAAGGGAAAAGCCGACCAGACGGGUUCUGCCGAGAGACCCUCCCCGUGGUUUCUGCCCCAAAGCCGCUCUCUGCCCUCCUCGCCCCACCGCCCCAGUACCCACAAGGCCCCCAGGGCCGGGCGCUCCUCCAGCGUCCCCUGCGGCGUCCCCCCGGACCCCAAGGAGCUCUCCCGCCGGGUGCGGCACUCCGUGGACCUGGAGCUGGAGAGGUGCCGGCAGCAAGCGGGCUUCCCGGCGAUCAGGGAGAGGGAGGAGCCCUCGGCCUCGGAGUCAGAAGUGGACUCAGAUGCCUGCGAGGAGCAGCCGGAACCCACGCCGGAGGAGUGGAGGCAGGUGGUGGAUAUACUGUGGAGUGACCCCAUGGCUCAGGAGGGCUGCAGGGCCAACACUGUUCGAGGAGGCGGCUGUUAUUUUGGGCCGAAUGUGACAGAGCGGUUGCUACAGAAGUACAACCUGCAGCUCCUGAUCCGCUCGCAUGAGUGCAAACCUGAAGGCUAUGAAUUCUGCCAUGGUCGCAAGGUGUUAACCAUCUUUUCUGCCUCCAACUACUAUGAAGUUGGCAGCAACAGAGGAGCCUAUGUCAAACUGGGGCCAGACUUGACCCCACACAUCAUGCAGUUUCAAGCUAACAAGGCAACCCACACGCUUACCAUGAGGCAAAGGAUUAGCAGAGUGGAGGAGUCAGCUUUGAGAGCCCUACGGGAGAAGUUAUUUGCCCAUUCCUCAGAUAUUCUUGUUGAAUUUAAGAAGCAUGAUAAAGAUGAAACUGGUCUAAUCACCCUGAGCGACUGGGCUGCAGCCGUGGAGUCUGUGCUGCACCUGGGACUGCCCUGGCGGAUGCUGAGGCCACAGCUGGUGAGCAGCUUGACGGAUAACAAGCUGGCGUACAAGUCCUGGCUGGAGAACUUGGCCAAAGAAAAACUAAGCCAACAGAACAUACAGUCAAGUUUGCUGGAAAUACUGUAUCGCAACCGAUCCAACCUGGAGACCAUUUUUAGGAUCAUAGACAGUGAUAAUUCAGGGUCCAUCUCACUGGACGAGUUCAGGCAUACUUGGAAGCUAUUCAGCUCUCAUAUGAACACUGACAUCACAGACGACUGCAUCUGUGACCUUGCCCGGAGCAUUGACUUCAACAAGGAUGGCCACAUUGACAUCAAUGAGUUCCUGGAGGCCUUCCGUCUUGUGGAGCAAUCCUGCUCAGGGGGUGACGUCUCAGAUUGCCCACAAGUCACAGACAGUAGUAACAGUGGCUGCAGCAGCCCAGGUGCACACUAA